GUUGUCUCACUAAAACAAAAUAUUUAUUCAUAUGUAUGUAAAUUCAAAACCUUUAAGCCGUUUAUCUCGAGUCUUGGGUUUUUGAGUUAUGACACUUUUGAAGUAAAUGAGCGAUAUGUAUGAAAUAUAUUUAGUAAUUGUAUUUAAUUAAUUCUUGCGAACAUGUCAUAGAUGUCUUCCACGCCAACCUGGACCAGGCAUUAGUCUCGAAUCCUAUGUCUAUAAUAUUCUGUAUGAAGUAAUGUUACCACAGCCGGGAAAAUCAAUACGAAUUUACUUGCCUCCUUCUGAGCCGCACUUGCCGCCCUUAGCUGUGGUACUGCAGCGCCCAGAGCCAAGCUCUGAACUGCCAUUACUCGACUUUCCAUUACGAUUGCUAUUUACGUAUCUUGGUGUAGAAUGUGUUAUACAGUUAUUGACCUGUGUUUUGCUAGAAAAUCAAGUCCUUUUGCGCUCAAAUGAUUACCAAAAAUUGAUGAUCGUUGGAGAGUGCAUCACUUCCAUUCUAUUUCCAUUUGUAUGGCCACAUGUGUAUGCCCCAAUAUUGCCCGCUGCCCUCCAUCAUUUUCUAGAUGCACCCGUGCCAUUUGUCAUGGGCCUCCAUGCUGAUUGCGAGUCCGCUAAUAAAAUUGGUACUGAAGCUACUCUUUGCUUUGUAGAUAUCGAUAAGAAAAUUAUACAACUGCCUGAAGAAUUGCCAGUAUUUCCACAUAAAAUCGAUUUCAUGGCAGAAAUAAUAUCCAUUUUGGAUAAAUUCGAAAUAGAACGUGAUCGUUCAUAUGAACCAAUACUGAAAAACGGUUAUGCGUCACGCGAUCACGACGUUAUGAUUAGUAGUUGUACGUUGCCGUCCGGUCUGCAAGCGGCACGUCGCAGUAAAGAACGUUUUAGUCAACUGCAAGAGACCGUUUACACGCUGGCCGGUAGCGGUCAUUGCAGUCCAACUGGUGCUGACAACGGCAUCGGUCAUCAUCUCGAAUAUCAACCACUCAUUGCACAUCCUUCGAAAAUCGAACAUGUACCACGCAUUGCCGAUUUUUUGCGGCGAAAAGGUGUACGUACACAGUCACCAAGUGCUGUGUCGCUCAAUGAUGGCACAAGCUUUGAUGCCGUCGACGCAACGAUGUCGCCAACUAAAGCUGCCGCAGCUGCGCGUAAGGAUACAAAGACGACAACUCCUACGUUAUCGCUAGAAGAGCAAUACUACCAGGAUUUGCGUAUAAACAAUGCGCUGCGAGAGACUUUUCUCAAUCGCUUUGUGCAUAUGUUUUACGCUUAUGAAUUUUUCGUCAUCUACCCAAAUCAAGCACGUGACGAAUGGCUUUCAAAUCGAGAGACAUUACAAAAUUUUGAUAAAUCAUCAUUUUUAUCAGAUCAGCCUGAACAUCAUCGCGCGUUUUUAUCGCGCUUUCUAGAAUCUCAAAUGUUUGCAACACUAAUCGACAACAAAAUUUUGGCGAUGUGGGAAAAGGAACCGGAUGCAAAUUUGCGUAUAUUCGACCAGCGCGUGAAACUCCUAAGAAAGAGGCAUGGUGAAAAUAUGAUUUGCGCUACCAGUUAUGAGCCGUGCGUUAUGUCGCAGGAUGCGCAACAGGUAUACGAGAAGCGUUUGCAUUGCAUUGACAUUGAAGUGACACCGCCUAGCGAGAUACUCUCCAAUAGAGCUGCCUACUUUCGCAGCUUUCCCAUACUUGAAAAGUCUGUGCUAAAUCAGGAAUGUGCUUCGAGGUAGUGUUGUCGUUGUAGUCGUGUUGUUGACA